CCUGUAAAACGAUAUGGAAAUAUAUACUCCAUAAGGGCUGGACCUAACCUUCUAGUAGUGCUGUCUGGAUUCAAAACUGUGAAAGAAGUAAUGACCAGCUUCCCAGAGGAAUUCUCUGAUAGAUCAGAGGAUGCUUUCUUGACUGCUUUGGGGAAAAAAAGGGGUAUUAUUUUCUCCAAUGGCUACGUCUGGAAACAGCAGAGACACAUCGGCGUCACUUCUCUGAGGAAGCUGGGCCUGGGGAAGAAAAGCAUUGAGCAUCAAAUACAAGACGCAGCUCAGACGUUGGUGGAAACAUUUAAAAAAACAAAAGGACAGCCAUUUGACCCUUCAAUUCCAGUAAUACAUGUAGUUUCUAAUGUCAUAUGUGCUUUGAGUUUUGGUCAUCAGUUUGCUCCUGAAGAUGAAAGCUUCCAGAAGCUAAUUCAAGCCCUUGAAAUUAUUGUGAAAUUCACUGGCAGCUUUUUUCAUGUGAUGUUUAUUGUCUUUCCACGAUUAAUGAGCUAUCUCCCAGGCCCUCACAAGAAGGUCCUGGCUGCUGUGGAUUUGAUUGGGUCCUUUGCAAAGCAGGAAAUAGAGAAACACAAGGAAUCCAGCUCUCUGCAUGAGCCACAAGAUUUCAUUGAUCAUUAUCUUUUUCAGAUGGAGAAGAGCAGGAAUGACACCAACUCUACCUACAAUGAAGAGAACCUGGCUCAGUGUAUUUUUGAUUUUUUUGGUGCUGGGACAGAGACAACCUUGGCUACUCUGAUGUGGGCACUGCUCCUCCUGACCAAUCAUCCUGACAUCCAAGAGAAAGUCCAGAAGGAGAUUGAAGAAGCCUUUAGUUCCUCGGCCUCAAUUUCCUAUCAGGAUCGGAAGAAGCUACCUUACACCAAUGCCGUGAUUCAUGAAAUGCAGCGUUUAAAAAAUGUCUUGCUAGCUGGGAUUCCCAGGCAAAGUACAAAGGAUGUGACGGUGAAGGGUUACCACAUUCCAAAGAGGACCAUGAUUUUGCCAGACCUGCGUUCUGUUCUUCUUGACCCUAAACAAUGGGAGACACCUGAAGAAUUCAACCCAAAUCACUUUUUAGAUAAGGAUGGGAAGUUCAUUGAACGAGAAGAGUUUCUGCCCUUCGGAAUAGGUGAACGCAUAUGUGUGGGAGAGCAGCUGGCAAAAAUUGAGAUCUUCAUCUUUCUGACCAAUCUGUUGAGGGCCUUCAGCUUCCGGUUGCCUGAAGGAGUGAAAGAACUCAAUGAAGCCCCUAUUGUAAAUGUGACAAUGCAUCCACACCCUUACAAACUGUGUGCUAUUCCCACAAAGGCAUCAAUACACAGAGCCAGAGGUCAAGAUGCAAACAGGAACACAAGAAACUGGACAUGUUGUUCCAGCAAUACCGAUUACUUUGAUUCAGUCCCAGAAAUGCUAAACAAAGUCCAAAAUCAGAUUGAGCUGGGAUUUGGAUGGAGAAUCCACAUUGUGAAGACAUUUGAAAAUUGGUCCAUAGAUAGGACCUUCAGCCACGGGGAAGUAAGGAAUGACACAGGGGAACUUAAGGACAAAAUCAAGUCCAUGGAUGGGAAACUUGAAUCUUUUCACCAGCAGAUUAUGAAAAACAAACAAAAAUUAUCAGAAAUGGAGGAAAGGAUGGACAAAAAAGAGCAGAGAGUAGAUGAAAUGAAUGAAAGGUUAGUUCAGGCUAACAAAGAAUUAGAAGCUACAGUUAUUUCCCUGGAACUUGAGAAGGCCGCUCAUUACUUACGGUUUCAAAAUGUAAUAAUGUCAGAUAUACUAGCGGGGGCUCUGGGGUCCAGCAGAGAAAAGAUGGCCAGUGAGAUAGAUGAGACUUACAGAAUCCACACGAACUAUGCAAGACGGCACAAUCUUCCCAGAGAAGUACACGUUAGAUUUAUUAAGAAAUCAAUUAGAGACGAAAUACUCUUCAGGUUCAGAGAUGACACAUUGGAAUACCGAGGUAAACAACUGAUUGUACUUAAACAAGUACCUAAAAGAGUGAGAGACUUGAGAAGGCCUUACCAACAAAUAACUUUUAAACUGAUGAGAAAAAAUAUUAACUUUAGAUGGUUGACCCCGGAAGGGAUUCUGGUUACAUGGCAGGAGAAAAAGUUCCGCUUAGACUCAAUAGAUAAAGCAGAGGAAUUCUAUAGGAAAAACUUUGGCAGCAAGGAAGAUUUAGUUGAAAGAGAGGUAAGAGAGGAAGGAGAGAUACUAGCUCAGGCCACUGAAUCUAAAGGCAAACGAGUCGAGUUUAGAGAGGAUAUUGAUAAUGGGAAAAAUGAAGGGAAAUACGAGGAGAAUAGACCUAAAGAAAUUAAAGAGGCUAGACCAACAAGAUUGAUUGCUCUCAAUAAGAGCAAGGCAUGCUUUGGCUCCGUUUUUGCCAGGAAGGGACUUGGGAAAUGGCUUUUUCCUGGCAAAAACAAGGCUCUGAGCCCUGAUGCUGGCAGAAAUCUACAAUUGCCUGGAGAAUGGCUUAUGUAUCCUUCUGCUGUGUGCCUGGUUGUAAAAAUGUUGUAA